CACAGGGUUCUUUAAUUUUUCCGUCAAAAAUUGUGGACGACCUAAAGAGAAAAUGAAACGUCUUAUAAUCAUGAUUACCUAUUGAACUAGAAUUACAAUUUAUAGAAAAAUAUAAAAAGAACUCGCAGAAGUAAGUAUACUGUUGAAUCUCUGAAGAUGGACUCUGAUAUAAUUAUGUAUGAAAAAAUUAGUAUUCAGAAUAUCCUGUUUACAAAGGCAAUGCCUAAUUAUAAAAUACCUAUACCCACUAAUGGUUACAAAGUUUACUCCUGUAUUGAUUGUGGAGACAGAUUUUUGUUUGAGUCUAGCCUAGCAGAACAUAUAAACAGAAAAUCUUUCAUGAUCAAAUACUUAUGCAGGUAUUGUGGAUGUCUAAAUGAAUUCUUUAAUAGGUGCCAGUUUUUAACACAUAUACGCUCUCAUGUGACUAAAACUGCAACAAUAAACAUAAAUGAUAUAAAGGUGGAGCCAUUACCAUUAAUAACAUCAAUGGUACAAACUUCUCAACACAACCAAGAAAAUGAUACCCAAAUAAAUAAAUACCCAUGUUUUGAAUGUAAGAAUGACAUAGCUGUCACUGGAAUUCUUGAAAAAGACAGAGCUUUACAUUACAUGCAAACAACAAGAAUGCUGACAUGUCCUGUGUGUUUAUUCACAUUACCAUCAUCAUGUGCACUUAUUGCCCAUCUACGAAUACAUUUAAAAACUCCUCCAUUCAUUUGUUCAGAAUGUGGUGCAUACCUUAGCCUAAGUACCUGUAUGUAUCCAUAUAAUCAUGAUUGUGAUGGUUUUAAAAUGAUGAGAGUAACAUCAAGAAUAAAAUGCAUAAAUGGUACUUGUCCAGCAAUUCAUCCAAAUAAUUUUCUUAUGCAUUUGAAAUCUUGCCAUUUAAACAAAAUAUAUAAAUGUCCUAAUUGUUAUCUAGCUGGUUACAGUGAAAAUGCUGUUGUGAAACAUGUAAUGAGGUGCUGUAAUAAAACUAAGUAUCCAACAUAUUUUGAAUGUCAGCAGUGUCCUGGAAAUUUUCUAAGUUCAAGUCAAAUUCAUAGGCAUCUUAAUAAGCACGUCCAGGUGACACAAAAAAAUCAUGAUAGUCAAAUAUUCCCCUGCUGGAGUUGUGGUUUAACUUUGUCUAAUGUUUAUGAUUUUCUCAAGCAUCAUAUAUCUAAACAUUGGUCAUAUACCACCAAUAAAAUAUUAAUAAAUGUUAUAAAGGCUGUUAAAUAUGAAGAUUGUGAUUCUUGUCACAAAACAUUAUGGUACUGGCAACAGAGCCAUGAAAGAUUCAAGAAAUGUUUUAAUUGCAUACUUAAUGGCAACUCAGAAGCUAUAUUCAUGGAAACAUACAAUAAUCAGCUUAACAAAAAUAAUAAUAGUAAUAUAAAGUGCCAUGUAUGCAAUAUUGAAGUAAAUGAAAAUUGGGAAGAUGUUAAAAAGCAUUUUAACCAAUUUCACAAAAGUAUCAAAUGUUUAGACUUAAAAUUGGUUGUAAAUAAAUUAAGCUCAAAGAGUUUUCAGAAAUUUGCAAACAGGUCACAUAAUGCAUCAACAAAAAAAAUUACCAAACAUUUUAAACAGAAAAAAAGACCAAGUACAAUUAAACCACUAUAUGAUAAAAUCAACAUUAAUAAUUCUACAAAAGAAAUAGUUAAAAAAUCCCACAACUGUUCAAAGUGCAACUAUAAUACUGAAGAUAUAAUCUCAUAUGAAUCCCAUAUAAAAACUCACAGGGAUCCUGAUAUGGCUUACCAAUGUAUGGAAUGUGGUAAUUGUUUAGCAGUUAAACCAUCAUUUUCCAAACAUUUACUAUUGGAACACAAUAUACCAGAUGUAGAAUAUUAUGUUAAAAAUAAAGAUUGCUUCAAUAAAACAGCUUUUGAGAAAACAAUGAAAACCCAACCAGAGGAAAAUUUGCCACUUGAAGAAAAUCAGUGCAAUGUCUGUAGGGAUAUAUUUAUAGAUUCAAACAGUUUGGAAAAACAUUAUAGAGUUCAUGGUAUGGCUUUCUUAAUUAAAAACACACAAAAAUCUAAGAGCCCACAAAAAGAAUAAGAUAAUAUUGUUGGAUAAGGAACUUUUUAUUACCUACUUCAGGUUCAUGUCCCUCACAUUACUUCACUACAUUGAUAUCUUCAUAUAAUUUUUAAAUUGCAAUGUUUUCACUGUUGCUUUGAAUGUUACAGGACAAUUUCGUUUUUGAUUACUGUUGCUGCUCCAUUCUUUCUUCUCUUAUAUAAAUCUGUAAUGAUAUAAUUUAUGUAACUCAUUUCUUGUAUGGUUGUGUUUUAUAUCAUGUAUAAUCAUUUUUUUUGCCUCAGAUUAUUUUAAAUGUUUUAUACAACCUGUGUUACACAAUAUUGAGAUGUAAUGCUAUGUAGUUUUCCUUGUUAAAUGGAUUAUACUUCACAGUAAGCACUUCGAUUUAAACAAGUAGUUUCUCCCUAAACCAAGCUAACAUCCUUAGAUUCAUUAUAUUAGUAUAUUCAAAAUGGAAUAAUGGAUGAUUUUAAAUGAAAAUUAUGUUAACUCUUCUAAA